AUGGGCCUCGACGACGACUUCAACUACAGCUACGAGUCCAAAGCCGGCCACUUCGAGCCCCGUGACGGCGUCCCCCACGAUGCCACCAUCGGGAAGGCGCAAGGCGCUGGCGGCGCUGGACUUGACCUCUUGAGCAAUAAUCAGCUGAAUCGAGGGCUGAAGAGUCGACAUAUUCAGUUCCUUGCGCUUGGUGGUGCUAUCGGGACUGGGUUGUUCGUGGGUUCCGGUGCGAUUCUGGCUCAGGUCGGGCCGGCGCCGCUGUUCAUGGCUUAUUUGAGCAUGAUGUUGGUGGUGUGGAUUGUGAUGAACGACUUGGCAGAGAUGGUCACCUACUUGCCACUGAAGGGCAUAUCGAUACCGUACUUCGUCAGCCGAUUCGUGGAUCCGAGUCUUGCAUUCGCAGAUGGAUGGAACUAUUGGUACGCCUACGCCAUCCUUGUUGCAGCAGAAGCAACAGCCGGCGCCAUCAUCCUGCAAUACUGGACUUCAGCAGUCCCUGUCGCCGUCUGGAUCGCCAUCAUCCUGGCAGUGAUACUGCUUCUCAACAUUAUCGCCGUAGCGUUCUUCGGUGAGGCCGAAUUCUGGUUCGCUUCGAUCAAGCUCAUCACCAUCACCGGGUUGAUCAUCGUGUCUAUAGUAAUCUUCUUCGGUGGCGGACCAGAUAAAGGCCGCCUUGGGUUCCGCUACUGGAAAGACGAAAAUGGCCACAGCGCUUUCAAUCCAUAUUUACGACCAGGCUCGACUGGAAGAUUCCUGGCAUACUGGAUUGCAUUCGUCAAGGCCGGUUUCGCCUUUAUCACCUCCCCUGAGCUGAUCGCCAUGGCUGCUGGAGAGACAGUCGCACCCCGGCGCAACAUCCCAAAGGCAGCACGGCGCUACGUGUGGCGUUUGGCAAUCUUCUACGGGCUGGGGUCGCUUUGCAUCGGCGUGAUCGUACCGAGGGACAAUAAGCGUUUACUCUCACCGGAGUCCAACGCUGCGGCUUCGCCUUUCGUCAUCGGGAUCCAGAAUGCCGGCAUUCCAGUCCUGAACCACAUCAUUAACGCGGCCAUCUUGACUUCAGCGUGGUCUGCCGGCAAUGCUUUCGUCUACUCUGGCUCGCGUGUCCUCUACUCCAUGGCCAUGAACGGACAAGCACCGGGACUCUUCAAGCGUACCACGAAGCGAGGCGUGCCCUGGGCGGCUGUGCUCUUCACUUGGGCCUUUGGCUGCCUGGCUUUCCUGAAUGUUUCCAAUAGUGGUGCGCAGGUCUUUGCAUGGUUCUCGAACAUCUCUACUAUCUCGGGUUUCAUUGCAUGGAUUGUGGUCUUUAUCACGUACCUGCGCUUUCGCAAGGCCAUGGAGUUCAACAACAUGAUGUCCGUUCUCCCAUACCGGACCGUACUUCAGCCGUACGCUACAUGGGUCUGCCUAGUCGUCAUCUCGAUCCUGACGCUAACCAACGGCUUUUACGUCUUCUUCCCAUCCGAAUGGAACGUCUCCGACUUCCUCGCCGCGUACAUCACCCUCCCCAUCUUCCUGGCCCUCUACAUCGGCCACAAAAUCUACUGGGCCUGGUUCGUGGCGAGCAGGGCGUCUUCUGAGAACGGCUCGCUCAAGAGGAGCGCGAAAAUCAAGGAAGGACUCAAAGCGUUUGGAACACUUGCCAUUCCUACGCGCGAUAUCGAUGUUGUUACGGGUAAGCAGGAGAUGGAUGAGCUGGAGGCGAUGGAUGAGCCGCCGGUGCCUAGGAACUGGUUGGAGAAGUUCUGGUUCUGGCUGGCCUAA